AGUAGGAAACCCGGGCAUGGUGCAAUGGCGAACGGAACAGGAACGGAGGCGCAACUGACGGAGGAGACAUUGCGCUGCUGGGAGCGUGACCAAGCCAAACUGAAGGCAGAUGUGAUUGAACAGGACACACAGGAGUGGCAGACCAAUCCCUCAUUUGCUGGCCUAGAAAGAGUUGGAGGACUGGACCUGUCUUAUGUCAAAGGCGAUGACACAAGUGCCUGUGCAUCACUGGUGGUCCUCAGCUACCCAGACCUCGAGGUGUUGUAUGAAGACAGCCGCAUGGUGGCUGUACGUGCCCCCUAUGUGGCGGGUUUCCUAGCCUUCCGAGAAGUCCCUUUUCUUGUGGAGGCAGUGCAACGGCUAGAGGAGCGAGAGCCUGGUCUUAGGCCUCAGGUGCUUCUCGUAGACGGAAAUGGCAUACUCCAUCACAGAGGAUUUGGCAUUGCCUGCCAUCUUGGUGUACUCACAGGUCUGCCCUGUAUCGGUGUAGCCAAAAAUCUCCUGCAGGUGGAUGGUUUGGCCAAUGAUGACCUUCACAAGGAACAGAUUCAAGGCCUUCAGGCAGGAGGGGAGACAUUCCCUCUAGCAAGCAGCUCAGGGAAAAUCUUGGGUAUGGCCUUGCGCAGCUAUGCCAAGAGCACCAAACCUGUGUACAUCUCCAUGGGCCACAAGAUGAGUCUUCCAUCAGCUGUGCGCCUGGUCCACUCCUGCUGCAAGUUUCGGAUUCCUGAGCCCAUCCGGCAGGCAGAUAUAAGAUCCAGAGAAUACAUCCGGAAGCACUUGGAGGAGGCCCCCUCUGCCGUGUCACCUCAGCCAGAGAGGCCUAGAAGUUUCCCUGUUCUGCCUUCCUCCCUCUCCAGGACGAGUGAAGACACAGACUCCGAACAUUAACAUGGCAUCAAGGAUGGCUGGUUUCCGGCCACGGAUUUCCCUGUGCAGAAGUACAACGAGGGGCCACAAGGGAGCAUCAGUGGCCAGAGGAUUAGGGCACUGAUCCCUAAGUACCACAGCUGUGUUGCUGACCACAUUUUGUGGCAGAAAAUCCGUGUUUUGUUUCCAAAUGCAGAGUGAGGGUCAGACUAGAUGUCCUGUUAAUUACACAAAAACCAAAAAUGUGCACAUCAAAUGCAAUGCAAAGAGCAGUUGUAGGGAAACCAGAGUAGCCUCAAGACCUGUGGGGUAGAGAGAGGGGGUUUAACUCUUCCUCUCCCUGCUAUAGUUCCAUCCCUUCUCUAAAGCUGCUACUCGCUUUAUGGCACCCAUGGAGACUUCGCUUGAAAUGCAGAUAGCAACUUCAGAGUAGCAAUUUUUCUUAUGACCAUAGAAGGAGGAGGGAGUGGCUUAAAAUUCCCCUCCCUGCACCUCCCCCGCUAGUCAUGAGGUACCUCAGGCUUCUUCAUAGCUGCUAUUUAUAUAUCUAGCUUU